AUGCAGAGAAAGCGACCACAAAGAUCAGCAGGUGUUGGCAAGAACAAAGGUGUACCCAAUCCGAACGACGUACAUGCGCGAGACUCGAUAGAGCCGCCGCCUUGCGACGAUCUAGAUCUAAAGGCUGCAGAAUCGGAGAUUAAUUUUGGCGAUCACUUCCUAAGUGCCGGCUCAUCCUACCCUCCAUCAUCUACUAACCAUGAAGGAGGGGGUAAAAGCGAUGCUAGCGCUCAAACGAGUGAAAAGACUUUUUUCGCUUCUUACCGAAUUGUUGAAGACUUGAAACUACUGUCUCUCCGACGAGCCCUGCUAGGCCAGGAAGUCGGGGCAGGUCAAGAUACCAAAGUGAAAUCAAGUCGUGGACUCGACAACGCUCCAGACGCAAGACCUGGUUCUGAGCCAAGUCUUGAAAGCGCAAGGCUACUGUCUGCCCAACCACACCUGCUAGCUUCGAAAGCCCUGAACGAUCAAGAAGACACAGUGGGUUCAACUUGUGGACUCGACAGCAGCCCAGAGGCAAAUCCUGCUUCCGACAAAGCCAGCUCGGAGGCCUAUAGUCUGUCUGAUUACUUGUCUUUGGAAACAUCAUCAUCGCAAAAUUGGAUAGAUAUACAGUACCGGCUUCCUGACGACUGGAAGUGGGAUGUUGAAUACAAUGUCACGUAUACCAAAUACGGUAGUCAGCGUGGAUGUUGGACUUGUACGCCUAUGGAACCAGAUAAGCCGGCACACUACCCUCUCGCUAUUGCAAAUGCGCCCUUGGUACUUCCAGUGGAGUAUCAUUGGCCCCCCGUCAGUGGAGUGGCACCACCUCCAGAUCCGCGACCUGCGGCGCCAAUCGAUUGCCGAGCCGAAGUAUCCCUCAACCUGAUCAAAGACAUCUUUCUUACCUUCGAGGGGAGGAUCGGAUUCUAUUUUCUGAUAAACGGUCUACUCCAGGUCGUGGUGCCAGAAGAUUUCGACGCUACCUGGGCGUCAUCACAUCUUCCGCAUAAAUAUGGCGGUCUCAAGGUCUGUUACAUUGAACAGACCCUCGAGCCCACCAUGUUACCAGCGAGGACAGGAACUACGGAGAGGACCUUUGACAGAUCAUCACUCGUACCCCUAGGCACAUCAGGAUCAUCUCCAAUCGCCCGCACGCCAGCUCAAUCCCUCGCUAACAUACCAUCCCUAAAGCUCAACGACUUCAUAGAGGCCCGCCCAAAAUCCAACCAUCGAAGUGAGAAGUUUUCUGGACGUGUCGGGCUCAAAGUAAGCCGAACCGGCAUCACAAUGAUAUUGAUGUCCACCCACGUCAUCACUGAAGCGAUUCUUGCAAAGUCGUAUCGCGACAGUAUCCUUGGCCGGAAACAUGAUGAACGCGUCCAGAAAUUAGAAGACGAUUGGAAUGAGCAUGUUGAAAUCUGGGCUGGCGGUGAAAAUAUCUGUCAGUGCGGAACGAUCCACCAAAGCUUUGACAAGGAAGCGGGAAUUUAUCCGAACGGCUUCAACCACGACAUCACUCUCAUCAAACCCGCGCAUGGGACUUUGUGUGCGAAAAGCAUCAAGUGCAGUGGUCCAUCGGACAUCCUUGUGGUAGGCGAAGGCAUCUUUCUCAACCAGAAAGCUACAGCGGGCGAUUCGAAGAGUCUCAAACACCACGACGCGGCAACAUGGAAGGAUCUAGUGUCACGCGCAAUCCUCUACCGUAUUUAUCCUGACUUCGAUCCACCGAACGGCCAUAGCGGCACUGUGCUUUAUGCGGAUGGAAUAAGGACAGAUGGAACCGAAGGCUCAGGUGUCGUAGGAUUCCAAAGCUUUGUACAGCGCAGCGGCCAUGUGCAGAAUUUCGAGAUGGAAGGUGAUGCGCUGGAGCGGCGAUUGAGAGCUGGGAGGGUUGCAUUCUAUGGGGCGUUCGAAGUCCCCGCCGAACUCAAGAAGUAUCAUAUAUAUUGA